AUGGCGUUGGCAGUGCCGGUGUGGUGGGAAGGUCAUGAGAUUGCUGGUCCCAUACAUGGCGUUGGCAGUGCCGGUGUAUGGGAAGAUGCCGGUGUGGGGAUGAUACUGUCUGCGCGCGUAGGACUUGAUAUGAGAUUUGUGAGCUACACGUGGCGUUGGCAGUGCCGGCGUGUGAGCUAUGGAGUUCUGUCCCCCGGUUGGACUACUCAUCCCUGGACGCGGGUUCUGGUUCGAAAAUCCUGCGUACCAGCCAACAAUCCCCCGGUUGGAUUGUCUUCCCCGGGGAGACUCUGCCAAAAUUUUGGUAGGAUGUCUUGGGUUUUUAGUAAGUGGGCCCGGCAUCGGUGUGAUGUCGGCACCAAAACAGGGUCCGCCCCGGUUUCGGGGAAAAUUCUGGGGCGGGUCCUGUCAGCUUGGUAUCAGAGCAUUAGGUUCAUUUUCCUUCGACUUUUGCGCUUUUGCUGCAUUGUUGAUCCAAUGAUUGUAUGGUUUCUUUGUGUGGAACCAUGUCGACUCGUCAACCAAGAACGCGAGGUCGUGGUCAGAGAUGGGGGCCACACAUUCUUUCGUAGCACACAACUUCGUACCUUAUGUCAGUGUGAGACCGACACCCAUGACAGGAAGCUUUAG